AUGCACUCCUCUUCCAGUCUCAUCCUGGCAGCAGCCUUCCUGACAACUGCUAGACGGGUCUCCAGCUCUUCUUUCCCACUACGACAUCGAGCCAGUGAACAGUCCAACCCGGCACCUUUGAGAGCUACAGAAUAUGGAACCAUCUACGACGUCGAGGUCCAGUUUGGGAACCAAUCAUUCUUCCUGCUCGUCGAUACGGGAAGUAGCGACACCUGGGUUUUGGAGACUGGCUAUCAGUGCAUUAACUCGUCCAACAACUUGAUGCAACCCCAGGCCAAUUGCCAGUACGCCUCAUCGUACAACCUGUCAUCUUCUUUUCAGGUCAAGGACAACCAGACCUUUGGUGUAAAAUACGGCACUGGUAUUGCUAUGGGCAUGGUCGGAUAUGAAGACCUUACUAUGGGCGGUAUAAAAGUUGCCAACCAAACAGUCGGUAUCGUCAACUCUACCAACGACAUCGGUGACGGGCUGCGCAGUGGUCUCCUGGGCCUGGCCUACCCUCAGCUCACAUCAGCUCACCCAGGGUUGAACUAUCCCAACGACUCUCUCAUUAUCGAUCGCGAUAUCUAUGAUCCAUUCUUGCAAACCAUGCAUAAGCAGGGUCUAGUGGAGCCUUGGUUCAGUCUGGCUCUUGAGAGACUACCAGCCAACACUUCGACUGGUGACGGAGGAUAUAUGGGGCUCGGCAAACUCCCACCAGUACACCAUUCUGAUGAAUGGACGACUGUUCCCGUUGAGAUUUCCAAGAGUAUCCCUAAAGCCCUUUACAAGAACGAAAAGCCCGUUCUUACAUGGUGGACCUUGACCCUCGACGCUGUCACAUGGGGUCCUGCGAAUGCCUCUUCUAAAGCUUCAUCUUCUUCUACCCUCCUCACCACCAACACCACCACCAACUCAACCGCAUUCCAGGCUGUUGUCGACAGUGGCAAUCCCAACAACGUUUUCCCAGUAGAACUUGCAGAGAAGAUCAACGCAGCUUUCGAUCCACCCGCCGUGUACAACAAGGCAAUGGACUUAUUUGUCGUUGAUUGCGAUGCUAAAGCGCCAGCUUUGGGAGUGGUGAUUGGCGGAAAGACCUUUUGGCAUGACCAACGAGAUUUGAUCGUCUGGGCUAAAGAUGGAGUCUGCGCCAGUAGCGUCGGCGCGACCAAAACAGCCUUGGGCAUUGACGUUCAUUUUCUUGGCGAUACCUUUUUGAAGAAUGUCGUGUCUGUCUUUGACUUCGGUAAGAAUGAGAUGCGAUUUGCGGCGCGUGUUGACGAGGGUAAGUCGACUGGUAGCGGUGGUGAGAUGCCGGUCUCUUCUGAUGGGCUGCGCUCGUCCGUGUCGAGGGUUGCUGCAUACGCGGGGUUGCUGGGUUUCUUGUCCGUUGUCGCCCUCUGA